UACUAUAUAGGAAAAGGAAGCGGAUUGUAUCCACUUCCUGUAUAGGUUUCUGAGUUAGCGGCGUCAAUGGCUGACCACAGUGAUGUCGUCUCCUGGUUUUCACACCCUGUGUACUCCAGGUACUGGCAGCACUACCAGCAGGCUAUGGUCUGGCUACAGAGGCACCAGCGAGCCUACAGAAAGGCUUUGGAAGUGUUUCACGGCACGUCCGUACCGCAGCGUUACGCAGACUGGCACGUUGGCGAGGACAUGGGCGGCUCGCUGAGGGAAGGUGCCAGGCCGCGAGCACCUCGGUACCCUGGGCCCACGCAGAGCAGCUCCGAUAGCGAGUCAGAAAGCGAGAUCGAGUGCGACGUCAGCAACAUGGAGAUCACGGAGGAGCUGCGGCAGUAUUUCACCCAGACAGAGCAGCACCGGGAGGAGCUCAGGAAACUACAGCAGCUGGAGGCCGAGCGACAGGGCCCGUACCUGCAGGCUGACCACGACCUUCACAGAGUUCACAUGUGUGGGGCCGCGCCGCCCCUGGAGAGGCCGGGGGAGAGACGCGGGGUGGAGAUGAAGAAGCUGUAUGGGGAGGACGCUGCCAAGAUCCAGGGCAUGGAGACCGCUAUGCAGCUCACCUUUGACCGCAAAUGCGACAAGAAGCAGCCCAAGUACUGGCCUGUCAUCCCCCUCCGGCUGUAGGGCUACACCCCUGCUUCUGAGGGCGUGUAACCUGUACACACCUGUCAGGCAGCUGAAGCCACAGCCAUCUUCUAACUGUGUAAUAAAUCGAAGCUCGCGAGUAAUGUUCGUAAAUGUAAGAGACAGUUCUUAGGCUUCCUCUACUAGGUUUUGUGGUUACCUUGCAUUUUCAUGUACAUUUUGACUGCAUCUCCUUCAGGUCUAGGCAACUGAUGUGUAAACAAUGGUGCUCACCGCCUACUGAAUUGUCUAAGUGCUACUGAAGCGCCGUGGGCAAGAUUUAUAAACGAAAAUUCUUACAGUGUGUUUUGUUUGCAUGAUGUGCACUUAGAAGAAGGCAGAGCCUGUAAGCCAUAUGGUGUCAGUGGAUCUGGCUUCAUGUGGUCGUAAGGAAUGGCUGUAAAAUAAGCAGAUGAUCUUUGUUUUGUCAGCUUCAGAAGUGAAGUCAAAGCUGUUUGAGUUCCACCACAUACUCCUUCCUCCUGUGGUGUCUUCGAAUGUUUCAGAUGGUUAGUGAUGUUGCUUUCAGUCCUCCAUCUGCUUCAUCUUUUUUUUUGGUAAUAAAUUGGGCCGUUUUUUAAUUUUGAGAAAUGUUUGUAUUGACUGUUUUUUGACGCCUGGCCUGUCUAUUAUGAGGUAUAAUACAAAUGUUAAAUUUCAGAUGGUGAAAUUGCUACAGGUUUGAUUUGAAUCUGAAUCUCCACCACUGGGCCUUGAAUGUUCAGGAGAAGCUGGAAUGUGAGAUCAGAAAGAGGGUUUAAGUUGACUUACUGUUGAGCUGGUCUGCAUUUGAAAGAACUGAAGCACACUCUAUGUGGUCUGUGUCCUGGGAUUCUGUUUUUGGGAAGAAACGAUGAAGACCAUUCUUGAGAUGACUCUUCAAAUGAGGGCUUCUGGAAGCUGAGAAAAACAUCUUUUUAGAUGCUCGAUGGGGGUCGUGAGGAUGUAACGGAUUUCAGAAAUCGGCCCGGAUGCGUCAGAGUUGCAUAAUUACAUGGAAACUCAAAGCAAUGGAGCCGAAUUUUAAGAAUGAGUCAUGGAUCUGACUAUUUCUGCUCAGCAGACCCUUAAAGGCUCCACAAAGACAUUGACUAUUUAAAUAAUCAACAUGUUGUUGGAGUUUAGCCAUUUGUACCAUGUGUCCUUUUGAAAUCUUUAAAGAUUUGUUUGAAAUGAAUCUCUAAAAAUAGAACUCAGAGUUUAUAAAA